CGUGUGUUGUGCUGCGUUCACGGACCCGCUCUGGUUGUAUUUGUACGUUCGAAGGAGUCCGGAGUCAAAUUCCUGAACACGUAGGAAGGAAGCAGCUCGUUACGCUGCUCCAACUCCUACGACGCAGCGUCUAACGGACCACAGCUGAAGUGAUCAUCGAUGACAGACUGAUGUGUCUCUGCUCCAGCUUCAGACCUCGCUCACAGCUCUCGGAUAUUUUCCAUCUUUUUCCUCCACAUUUUCUUUAAUUCAACGCCAAAAUCCACAUUAAGAUGAACCGUUUCUGACUGUUUUUGCGCAUUCGAACUCGCUUCUUAAACACAAAACAGUAUGUAAUGUAACACGUUGGUAUAUUCUCUUGCGAACGUGUUUGUUGUUUGAUCAGAGAACGUGUUAUUAUACAUAUUGGAUUCGUGCGUAAAAGCCGGAUUUUUGUGCGUUAUUCUUCCAAAACUGUGGAGAAGCAAAAAGGAAGAGACUGGAUUCACUUUUCCAACAACGGAAAUGAGAUCAGAGCCAGCGGCUGAUUCCACUUCUGCUAAAAAACAUGGUCGAUGGGAUCCAGCAGCUCUGUACCGGGAUCUGAGCUGUUUCACUUGUGGCUCCACACAAUACUGAAGGGUCUGGAAGAUGUUCGCAGGACUACUGGGACUGGACUGUCACAACAAGUCUCUGCUGCACCUCAGUGAAGGUGGCAGAGCGUCAACGGCAGCUGCCAGCUCUGGACGUAAGAGGCUCCACCGAAGACCAGGGUACAUGAGAGGAGAGCAGUCCAGACUACAGUCUCCUCAGAAUGGGUGGGGAGAAGAAGAGGAGGAGGAGGAGGAGGAAGAUGAAGGAAGGACACUUUGCAUGAGCAAUGGGAAGACUGGAUGUCCAUAUGACCUCAUUGAAGCCACCUGCACUCACAGGACGUGUCCAACACCUGCUGUUGUGUCCUUCAAAAGUCAGUCACCCACUGGUAAACUCACAUGUAGCACUAGGACCAGUCAGAGCGCCGUCUGCCUGGUGACCCCUCCUCUGUCCAACACAGACUGCAGGAAAACCAGUGCGUCCUCGCUGCCUCCACCGCUGGACUCGUUCAGCUCCAGCUUCAGUUUUAUCCAACAGUCACUGAACUCUAGGACAAACACAACCACUGCUGUGAGGGCCUCAAACCCAGAACCACUUAUUAACCACACUAGUGCACCGACUGGGUCUCAACCAAAACCAGAGACUGUUUACACUGAUGUGUCCACAAACUCCGCUCCGGUCCAGUCACUGUCCUCCUCUGUCGGCCAAUCAGAGAGAGAGGAGCUAUCUUUAGGUGUGAGAUUUUGGCGUGAAUGUCCCUGGGACGGCAGAGAGGCUACAACCAAUCAGCCGGACUGUGACUCGGAGAUCACAUCAUCGUUGUCCGUGGACUCGGACACGGCGUCGGCCUCCUCAGUCACCUCGGGGUACGAGAGUGCGACACCUGCCUCCGACCACUGCUGGGAGAUCCUGGUGAGGAAGUACGAUGUGGUGCUGCAGGACUGUCUCCAAAACAAUCGCACACACACAAAGAUCGAGUCCAUGAUGUUGAAGCUGCAGAGACUCCAGCAGAAGUCCAUUUUGGACGAUGACUAUGACGCAGCUGAACGUUUUGGAAAGAAGCUGGAGGAGUUGAAUAAGGAGAGAGGGGAUCUGCAGCUGGGUUUACCCUCCCUGCAGCCCUGCGUGGCUCUGUUCCUGGAGCGGCUGAGACAGGUGGUGAACAGCGCCCUCCAGAGGGCAGAAUAUGGUCAACGCAGAGAGGGCGCCGGCGCUGAUGGAGGGGAGCGAUCGGAGUCACUGCAGGGUCCGUUACAUCAGAGGGAUCUGCUGGUCCAGGAGAAACGCAGGGUGGAGGAGGAGAUGACCGAGCUGCAGCGCAGGUUGGCAGAGCUGAAGGACCGCAGUCGGUGUCUGGAGCAGCAGAUCCAGCAGCAGGAGCAGCAGGUGGAGGCUAAGGAGCUGGAAGGCUCCGUGCUGAAGAGCUGCAACGUGGCCCAGCUCUGUGACGUGAGCCGGAGCCUGAGGGACCUGGUCACUUCUGAGAACCGAAUGCAGAUUUCUGUGGCUUUGCCACCGUCCAUUCUCAGGCUCCAGGAACAAGAGCAAGCAUUGAAUCUGUCCAUCAAGGAAGCCACUGCCAAAGUGGUCAUGAGUCAAAGGCUGGGCAGCAGCCUGCGCAGGAAAGUGAGUGAGACCGAAACACAGCUUCUGGCGCUGCAUGAGGCCAAACUGGCCGCCAUCUCCGGUAAUGACUUCAGCAGUGCUAAGGAGCUGAAGGCUGAGAUGAAGGCCGUGCACCAGGAGAGGGAUCGCCUGGAGUCUUUGGCCAAGAGGCUGCACAGCCUCAGCUCAGGGAGCAGCCAGGAGCUGGCCAGGAUGAAGGAGCAGCGGCAGCAGCUCCGGCAGGAGCUGGAGCAGAGGGAGGCCGGGCACGAGAGCCGACUGAAAGAGAACACAACCAAGUACAUUGAGCUGUUGGAAGACAGGCUGCACAGUUUCGGUUGUCCGGGUUUGGAGCGGAUCUGGGAAGCUGACCUGGAAGCCUGUCACCUUUUCUUACGAGGGCUCCAGCUGCGGACCCCCAGCUGCGGGGGAGCCGAGGUGGAUGACCUGCCUCCUCCUCUUCCUCGCCCUGCUGCUGCACCUCCAGCUCAGCCAUCCACCAAAGAAGAGGAGGAAGACUGUGCUAUGCUGACGGCCUUAGGAGGUCGCUGGUGCCCUGAUGCCAACCUACAGAACUCGGAGUUCACAAAGAAAUUGGAGGAGUUCCUGUUCUGUAUGGAGGAUAAUCACCCAGAGGAUGGAUGCAGCGAGGCUGAGGAUGCAGACCUGACAGAGCGAUGUGAACUCAUCAGUGACAGGCUAAUGAUGUUGGAAGAUGAAUUGCAAACGGCCAUACUAAACCAGGAUCAUGCCCUCACCCAGUCUCUCGAAAAGGAAGUCCAGAAGGUGAAAGCCACUUUACAGACCAUGCUCGCACAACUCAAGGAAGAAGACGAAGACGAAGUGAAUGCCCUAACAGAUGACGACCUGAUGAAAAAUGUGACUGAUGAUGAUGAGGAGGAUGAGGAGGACGAGGAAGAAGAGGACCAGUAUUUCAGUGACAGCUGGGACAUUUGAAACAGAAGCCUGUGGUGUUUUAUGACCACUCACUCACAGACUGUGGCUCUUUGAGACCCUGACCCUGGCUUUGCAGUAGUAGUGACCCUAUAUCCAUUUACUCGAGAGCAUCACUCAAAGAGCUUUACAGUCAGGAAACAUAAAGGCUUAGAAGCUCUGUGUGGACCAUUUUAUCAGGAUAUGGAAAAAAGAUUUUUUUUAAAUGCAAUCAGACACUUCAAGUCUGAUUUAAAGACAUUUUUCAACUCUUUCUAGACUACAUUUUAUUAAGGUGAAUAGUCUCGAGCCACUAGGUGGACAUUAAAAUUAUAUGGAUGGAUUCAGAAAUAAAAACGUAAUUU